GGCCCCGUCCCCGGCUGUCCAAGAUCCGGGCGAUGGCGGCGGGGCGGGCGCGGGUGUCCCGCCUGCUGCGGCAGCUGGAGCGGGCAGCUUGUCGGUGCCCGAGCCAUGGCCACACUUAUUCCCAAGCUCCUGAACAGCCUACCUUGGGGAAUACAGACUAUGCAUUUGAGAUGGCCAUUUCAAACAUCCGCUAUGGAGAAGGAGUUACGAAAGAGAUUGGCAUGGACCUGCAGAAUCUUGGUGCUAGAAGAGUUUGUUUGAUGACAGAUAAAAACCUCUCCAAACUCCCUCCUGUAAAUGCAGUGUUGAAUUCCUUGGCGAAAUAUGGUAUAAACUUCCAAAUGUAUGAUAAUGUCCGUGUGGAGCCAACAGACCAAAGUUUCCUGGAUGCCAUUCAAUUUGCUAAAAAGGGAGAGUUUGAUGCCUAUGUUGCUGUUGGAGGUGGGUCUGUAAUGGACACCUGUAAAGCUGCCAAUCUGUAUGCAGCCAGCCCUUCAUCAGAAUUCCUGGAUUAUGUCAAUGCUCCUAUUGGGAAAGGGAAGCCGGUCACUGUACCCCUCAAGCCACUUAUUGCAGUUCCCACAACAUCUGGCACUGGAAGUGAAACCACUGGUGUUGCCAUUUUUGACUUCAAAGAGCUAAAAGUUAAAACCGGUAUUGCUUCAAGAGCCAUUAAGCCAACGUUAGGCAUCAUUGAUCCUUUACACACACUGUCUAUGCCUGAACGAAUAGUGGCCAACAGUGGCUUUGAUGUGCUUUGCCAUGCCCUGGAGUCGUACACUGCUCUCCCUUACAACCAGCGCCGUCCCUGCCCCUCCAAUCCCAUCAACCGCCCAGCCUACCAAGGCAGCAACCCCGUCAGCGACGUCUGGGCUCUGCACGCUCUGCGCCUUGUCGCUAAGUAUCUGAAAAGAGCCAUCAGAAACCCUGAAGACCGUGAAGCAAGAGCCAACAUGCACCUGGCAAGUGCUUUUGCUGGUAUUGGCUUUGGCAAUGCUGGUGUUCAUCUCUGCCAUGGAAUGUCUUACCCUAUUUCUGGUUUGGUGAAAACUUACAAACCAAAGGAUUAUAAUGUGGAUCACUCUUUAGUGCCGCAUGGCCUUUCUGUGGUGCUGACAUCCCCAGCAGUGUUUGCUUUCACAGCACAGAUACAUCCUGAACGGCAUUUAGAAGUUGCAGAGAUUCUAGGAGCUGACAUCCGCACUGCCAGAAUCAAAGAUGCGGGGCUUAUUUUGGCAGACACACUCCGGAAAUUCCUAUUUGAUCUGAAUGUUGAUGAUGGCUUAGCUGCAAUUGGUUAUUCCAAAGCAGACAUCCCGGAGUUAGUCAAAGGCACUCUGCCUCAGGAGAGAGUGACUAAACUAUCACCACGUCCCCAAACAGAAGAAGACUUAUCUGCUCUCUUUGAGGCUUCCAUGAAACUUUAUUAGCUUAAACAUGUUCUGGAAAGUGUGGUCUAUUCUAACACAGAGGUAGUUUCUCAUAGAUACGGGACUGAACUUGUUUAGAGCAUGGAAGAAUUUGGGUAACUUUGACUUCUGUUCCAUUGUACACUGCCAAAAGGUCACGUAAUUCAUCUUUAACCAAACAGUGCUUUGAAGUGAGGACCUGACUGUGGUUUCUUUCUUGCUCAGCUGUCAGUGACAUUGACUUGCAUAAAAGUUGGAGCAGAUUUCUUGCAUUACUGGAGACUUUUUUGUGCUUCAGAGGUGGUCAAAGGUAGAAAAAUGUUUUAAGAAAUAUUUCAAACCAUUUUGCAAAUUAUGCUUCUAUUUAAAUAUCCAUCAUUUUGUUUUAAAAAGUCAUGCUAGUUAAGAAAUAAUAAAGGUCAUUUUUAAUUAGGAAGGGAAAGUCCCCUGCAGAAAAUGUCAGCUUACUGUAUUCUGUUCUGCUUUAUCAUCUUUUUACCAUCUGGCUUUGCUAAGAAGGCUGUUGGACUGGGGUGCUUUUUCAUUGUUUGAUUACAAAAAAUCUACACACUUCAUAGCUGUUUGGAAAAGAUUGCUUGAAAAUUUGGUUUGGGUUAAAAUUCUGACAGAUAUUGUCAUAUAUUUAUCUUUCCUCUUAUAAUCUCUAUAAUUGUCAUGUAUUUAUCUUUCCUUUUAUGCUCUAUAUGAGGUGUUCAUCAGAGGAGAAAAGCCAGAGUAAAGCAUGGUCACACACUCAACAGGAACCAUAUAACAGCAAGACAGCAUCCAUCAUGGUCAUUCUGUCUGUCUGGAGGCAGCAUCCCCCCUUUCCUGCUGUGUUCUGUGGAAGGAAGCUCUCAACUGCAUCUUGCUUUGCUGUGAAUCAAUUGCUUCUGCUGAACUCCUGCAGGUGCUGUCCCUCAGAGUGCAGCCACCAGCCUGAGGAAGUGGCUGUGUGCUGUGGUUCAAUAGUAAAAAGUGGUGGUGAAGCAUUUGGCUGCACACUGCCCCGCGGGGAGCACUGGUUAAAUGUGGGAAGGAGCGUGCACCUUCCGAGCAGUUAACCAGCUGGUUGACUGUCAACUGAGAAAGGGAAGUGGGGAAGGGAGGAAGGAAACUGACAUUUUAAUAUUAUUUUCCUUUAUUUAAAAAGUCCACGUGGUUGUGUAUACAGUUCUUUUAAAUCAGAUUCUGCUUCAUGCUGGACUCUUUCAGCAUCUGAUUCAUGCUGCUACCACAGCACAAGACAAAUGAGAGAAGAGCCUUGUGACUUCUGGUGUGCAUAUUUCUUUCUGCUGGGGAAGGAGCACUUUUCAGUCACCCUGUUGAAGUAGAAGGCUCUAUCCUUGCAUCUUUGCAUUUGGGUAUUUGUCUGAUCAAACUAGUGCUGUCCUAACAUCUGAGGACAGAUGUGUACUGGAUAUUGACGCUGGAUCCAUUUCAGGGCUGUUGAAACAGGUGGAUGGAUACUGGCUGAAGACUGCUUGUUUUUAGCAUCAGAACGGGUUUGAUGGCCAUAGGACUGCACUGCCACUGUGUGAUACACAUGUGAUUUCCAUGUCCUUCUGAGCCUUCCCCUCUGCUGAAAUUGCCCACAAGUACCUCUGUCAUGUAGGCUGAUGUGGUAAUAGCAAGGGAUUCACUUCAUUCUAUUGUGCAAAGCUGACAUCUUUGGAAGAAAAAACUUUUUGUCAAAACCUUUUGUCUAACCCUGUUGUUCAAAGUCAGGCUGGAUGAGGCUCUGAACCCAGCCUAGUGAAAGAUGUUCCUGCCCAUGGCAGGGAGUUUAGAACUAGAUCUUUAAGAUCUCUUCCAGCCCAAACUGUUCUGUGGUUCUAUAUAAACUCAUAUCCUGUUUUGUUUUCCCACUCCUGUCUUUCUCCAGGCUGUGGUAGUAGUACAGAUUCAUGAAGAGACAAUCUUUUUGUCCAGGAGCCUAAUUCAUGGCAGUCCUGCUAUGUUUGGGGGGAAUAUACUCUCUGAGGAACUGAGCAGCAUGUGAUUUCAUCACUGCAGCAGAGCACUUUGAUGGGCUGCUUAGGGAGGUAGGAUAACUUCUUCUAACACACUUCUUCUGCCUUUUAUGCCUGUAUGGCAGUUAUUGGCAGGUUGCAUUUUCAACUGACAGAACCUCACUGACAGAACUUCCUAUACCAGGUAACCUGCAGCUCCUGAUGGUUUAUAAAAUAAACUCCAUACCCCCUUUGAUACCCAUAUUUUACAGAGGAGACAAAGGAGUUUAUGUAAUACCUAACAUAAGCAAAUGGUGCUGUAAGAAAGAGACAUUUCUGUUUUCCACACCUCUUUGGCUGCUUCAAGGUCUUCAACUGUCUUAAACUGGUUGUGAAAUCUCUCCCAUGGACAUCAGCUACAUGUGAAAAUCUCUCUCACAGACAUCAGUCUCCACCACCAAUUAUUAGUUACCAGUAGAGAUUUUCUGAGGAAAAAUCAAGAGAGCUCAAGCUGCCCCAGACUGCUGUCUUUCAAAUAGUGGUGAUGUGACAGGGUGUGACAUCCUGGCUUCUGGGCAGUGGCAGUUUUAUUCACAACUGAAGAGCUACAUGGGGUUUUUCAUCUAUUAUCUCCCUAAAUUACUCUAUACUGGUGUUCCUGUGGGGAGCUGGGGUAACACUCUAAUUGUGAGUUCCCAGUGGUGGUUGGGCAUGUGUGAGAUCUGGGAGGCUUGUUCUUGUGGCUCAUGUUACUGCUGAGUUACUCAAACCCUCUGUGAUGGAUCUAUUUGUCUAGAUUAUGCUGAAAUGCAAGUAACAAAAAUAAAACUUGUUUGUGAGCAGCA